AUAGAAUGAGUUACUAACUCUAUCCCCUUCUAGUUUGUGCCCUAAAUGGUUCGAAAUGUCUAUAAUCUUUUUUUUUGAAAUUAUUUCCUUCAACGCCGGCAAUCUGCUCCGCCUCUGUCUGCGUCGCCGCUCGCCGGCCACCUACGUCCGCGUCGCCACUCGCCUGAUCACGGGUCGCCGCCGCUAAGCUUCCAGCUUUCUCUCUCUCAUCCUGGUUGUAUCACCACCUACCAUCCCAGCCUCACGCAACUCCUCCGCCUCCGGUCGUCCAUUGUGCCACGCUACCACCGGAGUUCCUCGUAUGUCGCUGCCACGUAUACGUUGUCGGAUUGGCUGUGGAAUUGCGAAAUGGAGCAUAUUCGAACAUCUAUCAGUGCACAUUCGAGCCCUUUGGUUUUGAACCCAUUCGAACAGUCCCAAAUACCCACCAGCAAAGAAUUGGGUCCUUCCAAGUGUGGUGGACUCGAUUCAAUUCCGGAGUGUUCAUAUUAGCUUUCGAGGCAAAAAUUAGGUGUGGGCUACUUACCAGUACAAGUGUGUACUGACUCCACCAGAUUUUGUAGGUGCUGACAAGUAUCACGGUCGUGGUGAUGCUAAGGAGGAAGCCUGAGAAAGAUUGUACUUUAGAUUUAUGUCACUGUUUUCUUCCUUGGAACACCUAAAUUGCCUUUUUACUGUCAUUUAACCAAUUAUACAUCCACCCCAAAAAAUUCCUUCUCCUUAUCAGUGAAAUGCAUUUUUUGUUUUAUCAUUGGGGAUUUGGGAAUUGAGAUUGACCCUAGGAAAAUUCAAGCCAUUACUGAUUGGCCCCCACCAAGGUUUGUCAAGGUCAUUCAAGCCUUUCGUAGUCUUGCUUCUUUUUAUAGAAAGUUCAUAAAAUUUUUUAGUUCUGUUACUACUCCAUUGACAAACUGCUUGAGAAAAGGAAAUUUUAAAUGGGGUUCUGAUCAACUAAGUGUUUUUUAUGCUGCUAAAAAUAAAUUAGUGAAUAGCCCUAUUUUGAAACUCCCUGACUUUACACUUUCUUUUAAGGUGGCCAAGGAUGCUUGUUGUGUAAGAGUUGGGGUGUUUUGUCUCAAAAUGGCCAUCCUAUUGAAUAUUUUAGUGAGAAACUUAACCCUCUGGACAGAGUUGGAGCAAGUAUGGUUUACACCAUUGCCUUUUGUCCUUAUUAAAUAUUAGGUGUGUCUAGGGAGAAGAGACAAUGGAGUUUGGCCUUCUUAUCCGUCGGGGGAUAUUUCGUGUAGGUCUUUCUUCCAUAUUUUGUAUUACCUCAAUCCCCUCUGAGAUGCCUUAGCCUUAUCCUCUAUUUGGAAAAGUAAAAUCUCCCAGAAGGUCAAAUUCUUUGUGGCAAGUUUGACUUUGAAAAUUUAUUACCCUGGACCAAAGACAAUUUCCUUUUGUGCAUGUCCCGCAAUGGUGCAUUCUUUGCAAUAGACAGGUGAAGAUUGUCGACUAGUUGUUGUGGGGAUGCCACUUUGCUCAUUCCUUGUGGAGUAAAUGCUUGAGUUUGUUUGGGUUAUGUUUGGCUCAAGGCAGAGGUUGCAGCGCUACUGAUUGAGAAGGUCAUUUAGUUAGUCAUGGAUUCUAGCACCAGUGGAGGCACUUAUCACACACAGGCCAAAUGGAGAAAAGUGGCAUAUGGAGGUAUGCAACCUGGGUUUGAUGACAACCACACCGACGAGUCUUUUCUUGAAGAUAUUGUCAUGAAUGCCAAUGUUGUCAAGAGAGAUAUCCUAAAGGUGAUGCUGGACUCUGUUUCCAUAUCCGAAUAUCUGUGCAUCGUCACCCUUGUUGGCUUGGUUUGGACAUACACACUUAGAUCGACUCUUGAUGAGAAUUCCCUCUUAUUUCUUGACAUUGGUCUUCUUGGUUCAGGAUUUCUAAUUCUUCUUUUCACUGAAGGCUCACUCUCAUUGAGCCUUCUCCUGCACUAUUUUCUUAAUAUAUCCUAUUUCACUACUGGGUUGUAUGUCUUGGCUCCCAUCUACCAAACUCUGACUAGGUCCAUUAGCUCAGAUUCCAUAUGGGCAUUGGCUGUUACACUUAUUAUUCUCCAUCUCUUCCUACAUGACUACUCAGGUUCCACUGUUAGAGCUCCUGGGGAUCUUAAGAAUCCAAGCUUAACCAGUUGCAUUUCUUUAAAUGCUUCUAUUGUGGCCUCUGUUCUUAUUGCUUCACGUCUUCCAUCUCGGUUACAUGUGUUUGCCAUAAUGUUGUUCUCAUUGCAAGUUUUCCUUUUUGCUCCACUGGUUAUUUACUCUAUUAAGAAGUAUUCUCUUCGUCUGCAUCUCUUAUUUUCUUUCUGUUUAAUAACAGUUACCUUGGUGUACGUUCAUUUUUUACACCAGUUAUUUUUCAUACUAUUGGCGAGUCUAUUGAUUUUUGUAACCGUAGUUUGUCCUUUUUGGCUCAUACGAAUCCAGGAAUUUAAGUUUGAGAUCAAUGGUCCUUGGGAUGAGGCCAAGCUUUGUUUUGAUAUUAGAGAUUGAGAUUCUGUAUAGAAAAGGUAGGAAAGGAAAAGUAAGAACUUGAGAAAGAUUAUUUCGAUGGAGGUCAAAUUGUAUUUUGGAUGGUUAUAGUUCGAAAUUCAUGAAUGUGGAAUUCGAUUCAUCUUUAAUUUUCUUAGCUAUCUUCAAUGAUAAUUUUAUUGACAUAUUGGAUUCA